AUGCCCAAUCUCUCUCCCUCCGUUUCCACCGUGCCACCCUCAAGCCUGGCCACCAACAAUGAACUCGACACGUUCACCAAGUUGUUCCUCUUACUAAUAUUCCUCUCUCUAUUCCUUCGCGUGUGUUACGUCUACAUCUCCAUGCGUCGUGACCGAAACCUCAACGCUAAUAACAUCCAACAUGGUGACGCUCAAAACAACACCACGGGGCUUCCCUAUAACGUUAUAAACUCGUACCACACUUUCCCUUAUAGCAAGACCAACAACGUGGCCACCGUUUACGACCACGAGACCACGUGUUCCAUAUGCAUCUCGGAUUACGAGGAGUCGGAGAUUUUAAGGAUGAUGCCGCAAUGCCGCCACUACUUUCACAAGGAUUGUGUUGACGUGUGGCUCAAGGUUCAUGCAUCGUGUCCCAUUUGUAGAAACUCCUUGGUGGAAGCUCGUAACAAUAACUUAGAAGAAGUCUAA